GUUGUAUUCUCUAAUUCUUCAUUUCUACUCCUAGAGAUUAGACAGUACAGCACAAGCAUGGCGGAGGUGAAGACGCAUAAUCCAUUUCCUAUAGAAGACCCCGUUUCUGAUACCAUGAAAUUGCUUAGAGACAAGCCUCCAGCGCACUACAUAUUGCAGAUUGACUCAUUCUCCUUGCUUCUUAAAAUUCUAGAAAAAUCAGACGCAAAGAGUUAUGAUUCAAUGACUUUUGAAGCCUGUGGUUAUAAAUGGAAGCUUUCCCUCUACCCCAAUGGUGACCAAAAAAGAAAUGCAAAAGGAUUCAUAUCCCUUUAUUUGAGAAUCGAAGAGACUAAUGCUCUGCCUGUUGGGUGGGAGAUCAAUCUGAACUGUACAUUUUUUGUGCUUGAUCAGAUUCAAGAGAAGUACUUAACUAUCCAAGAUGUCUGUGGGAAGUUCAGACACUUGUAUGCGCUGAAGAAAGACACUGGACUUCCUCGACUAAUGCAACUUGAUGUUUUCAAAGAUGAAGAAAAUGGAUACCUUGUUCAGGACAAAUGUGUUUUUGGAGUGGAAGUUUCCGUUAACAGUUAUAAGGGUAGAGGAGAGUAUCUAGCUAUGCCUGUGAAACCUAGCAGCGCAACUUACACUUGGAAAAUAGUUGACUAUUCUAAGAGUGAUGAGCCGAGACUCUCAGAUGCUUUUACUCGGCAGGAUUUCAAGUGGAGACUAAUAAUGCUUCUUCCCAGAGGAACAAAACGUGACGAAGCCAAAUACCUUUCACUCUAUCUAAAUUCGCUCGACUCCAAAAUUACCCUUAGCGUGUAUGCAGAAUUCAAGCUACGCGUAAAACACCAACAGAAUGGCAAGGAUAUUGAGCAAACAGCUGAUCACUUGUUCACUAGUAUGCAAAGUUACCGGGGUUUUGGUGCCUUCCAAUCAUUGAAUGAUAUUGCGGAUACUUCUAAAGGCUUCCUCGUAAAUGACACUUUGAUCGUCGAACUGGAAUUUGUUCGCAUUUCAUCCGUGAAGAGUUUCACUGAAGGGUGAGGAAAUUAGUAGAUGACGGUCUCACAAUCCAACUGUACAUUAUAAUAAAGGGGAAAGAAAUACUGGUUUGUCCGGUUAUAUGUGUAAAACAUAAAAGAAUGUCUCAAUAUGGUUCGCAAAUUUGUCUUUUUUUAAC